AUGGGAGCUUCAUGGAAACAAAGCCGAGGGUCUCUUGCUGCACACCUUGGAAUGACUGGAGAAGCAGUGCUAGAGGAAGCCAUGGACUUCACUUGGAACUUCAUAAAUGUUUACGGGAAGGAGCAUACAAAGAAGAGUUCAUCAAUACUGGUUGAGCUAGCGAAGCUAGAUUUCAACAUUGUGCAAUCAGUUCACCAAAGGGAUUUACAGGAGCUAUCAAGGUGGUGGAGAGACUUGGCUUCUGAAGAAGAGCUUUGCUUUGCAAGAGACCGAUUAGUGGAAAAUUUCAUGUGGGCAAUUGGGAUUAUCUAUGAGCUCGGAUUCUCCAAAUGUAGGAUUAGGCUUACCAAAUUGAUCUCAAUAUUAAUGGUAAUCGACGACAUUUAUGAUGUAUAUGGAUCACUAGAUGAACUUGAACUCUUUAUAAAGGCAGUUGAUAGUGAGUCGAUUGCGGCUACUUCUGGGCUUGGCCCUAAUUGGUUUGUGGAUAAAUCCUCUUUGGUUUCUGAUUUCAUCUCCGGGUUCUCUUGGUCUCUUCUACAGGAAGAAAUUUUCUGGACACAGAAUUCUAGGGUGCAGUGGAUGAAAGAGGGUGAAGAAGAAGUUGAAGGAGAAGCCAUUAGAUACUUUACAGAUAUCGUCACUACACAAGGUUCCCCGAGAGAUGAUGAUUUACUGCAACAUAUUCCCCAGCUUGUCACUGAAGAUGACAAUUCACUUCUUUUGGCGACCCUGUUAUUGGAGGAGGUAAAGAAAGCGGUUUUUGAUUUGUCUGCUGAUAGUGCCCUGGGCGCGGAUGGUUUGUCAGGCUACUUCACAGCUUGUUGGGAGAUCGUUGGCAACAAUGUGUGGGAAGCGGUCAAGGAAUUUUUGCAAGUGGCUUUCUACCCAGGAGUUAUACCUUAG